CGGAAGCGGGCUGGGAGGUGUAGGCGGCGGCGGCGGCGGCGCACGUGGUGACGUGCGAGGGGGUGCGGCGCGAGCGGUUGGCGGCGGCGGAGGCAGUGUGUCCCGGUCGCGUGUGGAGGUCGGUCGCUCGGAGCUGCUGGGGGCACUUUCUCCGCCUGCUGCUGCGACGAGCGAACAAGCCAGCGAGCCAGCGACCGAGUUCCCGCGAAUUCUCGGUGGCGCUCCGCCCUCGUCGCUGCCUCCCCUCACUGGCCGCUAGUCCUCCCGCUCGAUCGCUUCCUCCCUCCGUUGCCUCGAGGCGCUUUCCGUUGGGCCGAUUCCCGCCCGCUUCCUCCGCUCCCCGUCGAAACUCUAGAGAUGAAUUUUUCCAUCUCUUCAGGGAUGAGCCAGAUUAUGAUGUACCAUUAUCACAGAAGAAAUUUGUGUCUAUAGCUUUUAAGGACUUGAUUACAUCAUUUUCAAGCCUGAUAGUUUUGGAAUCCACAAUUGGAGCUUAAGACACAUCUGCUUUUACUCUGACCACCUGUCUUUGUACCUUGACAAACUGCUGCGUUUUAACACUCCUUUGUCUCAGGAUUAAGGGUUCUCAGAAACAUUCGUCACCAAUAUAGUAGCCACAUUUAAAAGGAAAAAUGAUUCCCAAUGGAUAUUUGAUGUUUGAAGAUGAAAAUUUUAUUGAGUCUUCUGUUGCCAAAUUAAAUGCCCUGAGGAAAAGUGGUCAGUUCUGUGAUGUUCGACUUCAGGUCUGUGGCCAUGAGAUGCUAGCACACAGAGCAGUAUUGGCUUGCUGCAGUCCCUAUUUAUUUGAAAUAUUUAAUAGUGAUAGUGAUCCUCAUGGAAUUUCCCAUGUUAAAUUUGAUGAUCUCAAUCCAGAAGCUGUUGAAGUCUUGCUGAAUUAUGCCUACACUGCUCAGUUGAAAGCUGAUAAGGAAUUAGUAAAAGAUGUUUAUUCUGCAGCAAAAAAGCUGAAAAUGGACCGAGUGAAGCAGGUUUGUGGUGAUUAUUUACUAUCCAGAAUGGACGUUACCAGCUGCAUCUCUUACCGAAAUUUUGCAAGUUGUAUGGGAGACUCCCGUUUGUUGAAUAAGGUCGAUGCUUAUAUUCAGGAGCAUUUAUUACAAAUUUCAGAAGAGGAGGAGUUUCUUAAGCUUCCAAGACUAAAGUUGGAGGUAAUGCUUGAAGAUAAUGUUUGCUUACCCAGCAAUGGCAAAUUGUAUACAAAGGUAAUCAACUGGGUGCAGCGUAGCAUCUGGGAAAACGGAGACAGUCUGGAAGAGCUGAUGGAAGAGGUUCAAACCUUGUACUACUCAGCUGAUCACAAGCUGCUUGAUGGGAACCUACUAGAUGGACAGGCUGAGGUGUUUGGCAGUGAUGAUGACCACAUUCAGUUUGUGCAGAAAAAGCCACCACGUGAGAAUGGCCAUAAGCAGUUAAGUAGCAGUUCUACUGGAUGUCUCUCUUCUCCAAAUGCUACAGUACAGAGUCCUAAGCAUGAGUGGAAAAUUGUUGCUUCGGAAAAGACUUCAAAUAACACUUACUUGUGCCUGGCUGUGCUGGAUGGCAUAUUCUGUGUCAUUUUCCUUCAUGGGCGAAACAGCCCACAGAGCUCACCAACAAAUACUCCAAAACUAAGUAAGAGCUUAAGCUUUGAGAUGCAGCCAAAUGACCUAGUAGAAAAGCCCAUGUCACCUAUGCAAUAUGCACGAUCUGGUCUGGGAACAGCAGAAAUGAAUGGCAAACUCAUAGCUGCAGGUGGCUAUAACAGAGAGGAGUGUCUUCGAACAGUUGAAUGCUAUGAUCCACAUACCGAUCAUUGGUCCUUUAUUGCUCCUAUGCGAACACCAAGAGCCCGAUUUCAAAUGGCUGUACUGAUGGGCCAGCUCUAUGUGGUAGGUGGAUCAAAUGGACAUUCAGAUGACCUGAGUUGUGGAGAGAUGUAUGAUCCAAACAUAGAUGACUGGAUUCCUAUUCCAGAAUUGAGAACUAACCGUUGUAAUGCAGGAGUGUGUGCUCUGAAUGGAAAAUUAUACAUCAUUGGUGGCUCUGAUCCAUAUGGACAAAAAGGACUAAAAAAUUGUGAUGUAUUUGAUCCUGUAACAAAGUCAUGGACAAGCUGUGCUCCUCUUAACAUUCGUAGACACCAGUCUGCAGUCUGUGAGCUUGAUGGUUAUCUGUACAUAAUUGGAGGUGCAGAGUCUUGGAACUGUCUGAACACAGUAGAACGUUACAACCCUGAAAAUAACACCUGGACUCUAAUUGCUCCCAUGAACGUGGCCAGACGAGGAGCUGGUGUAGCUGUUCUUGAUGGAAAACUGUUUGUAGGUGGUGGCUUUGAUGGUUCUCAUGCUAUCAGUUGUGUGGAGAUGUAUGAUCCAACUAGAAAUGAAUGGAAGAUGAUGGGAAAUAUGACUUCACCAAGGAGCAAUGCUGGGAUUACAACUGUAGGGAAUACCAUUUAUGCAGUGGGAGGAUUUGAUGGCAAUGAAUUUCUUAAUACGGUGGAAGUCUAUAACCUGGAGUCAAAUGAGUGGAGCCCCUAUACAAAGAUUUUCCAGUUUUAACAAAUUUAAGACCCUCUCAAACUAACAGGCUUAGUGAUGUAAUUGUGUUUAGUAGAGGUACAUUUGUGAAUAAGGAGGGUGGGUGGGUAUAGAUGUUGCUAACAGCAACACAAAGCUUUUGCAUAUUGCAUAUUAUUAAACAUGCUGUAUAUACUUCUUGUGUUUAUUUGGAAAGGAAUGCAAAGAUGAAGGUCUGUUUGUGUAUUUUUAAGACUUUGGUUAUUUUACUUUCUGGAAGUUGGUAUUAUAAAAGAAUAAACCAAGAAUUGAUUUGGCACAUCAUUUCAAGAA